AUGAAAAUAGCAUUUCGCCAGGGCCGCGCUACGCGCAGUCGUGUUCAGAUGCAAUCGUCAUGGUUUCUUGCUCUCACCUCGUUCGCGUCGCUAUCGGGAGCGAUCACAUUUAAUCAGGUACCUGAUGCGAAUCUCGAUACAAGUCAACUUGGAAGGGUUGGAAUUGCUGGUGACUUUAGCGGCAUUUCUGUUUACCAAUAUGAUAGGCAGUCUGAGCUGCCUUUCAGUUCUAAUGGAUCUGAACAGCUCUUGACGCGCCUUCCAAAUGGGGUCUUCGUCAAUCUCCUGGAAGCGGACGCAUCUAUUCAGACAAUGUGCAUGUUUCAAGGGCAGGUCAUCCUGGGCGGCAACUUCACAAGCUUAGGAGGAGUACAAUCACCAGGCAUCGCGUCUUUCGACCCAAAUACUUCCAAGGUCACUCCUCUGGCUAAUCUUUCAGGUCAAGUUAACAGCUUGUUGUGUGAUGAUUCAGCCGGUAAGGUUUAUGUUGGCGGUAGCUUUAGGGCAGCAAACUCUACCAACGCGAUUACGUGGCUUGCGUCGAAGAGCUGGGCAAGUUUGCCAUUUGCCGGCUUCAACGGACCUGUCAACUCGAUUACGAAGGCGCCUACUGGGCAUAUAAUCUUCGGAGGAAGUUUUACGGGCCUAGGAAACACGAGCGCGCCGAGUACGCCUGAUGGACAGGUUAUCAAUCUUUCUACCGCGACUAUCGAAGCCGAUCAGAGCACAUCGGCCGCAGGUUUCAGCGAUCCGAAGAAUAUUGUUUGUAAAACCAAUGGUACUGACGGUUCUGGUAAUGCUUGGCUCUUGCAGGACAAUGCACCAGGAACGUGGAGGGCAGCUUUCAACUACGGGUUUGAACCUACCAAACUUCGUCUAUGGAAUACUCGCCAAGAUGGUCGCGGAACUCGGACUUGGAGAUUUACCGCGCUGCCGCUGAACGGUAUCAUGAACUUCACCUAUAUCGACCCUGUAACUAAGCAGAACUCUACGUGUACCAGCGAGUGUCCGCUUAGCGAUGAUCCUUCGGUCGAAUUCCAGGAUUUCCACUUUGUAAACCGGCUUGGGAUGAACGCAUUUAGGCUUGACAUCUCCGCCUGGUACGGUAAUGGUGGAGGUCUGGCUGGUAUUGAACUGUUCCAGGACGAUAUCUUCGCCUUCGCGAUCAAUGAUUUCAACGAACCCAGCUGCGCCAACACAUCAACGCCUUCAGAAGCGACCACAACGGGAACAUGGACCGUGACCCCGUCGGGACAAAGCUAUGCUCAAUAUCUAUCAGCUCAGUUACCGAAACCAGUCGCUUCCGACGCUGCUUCUGUUGUGUUCUACCCGGAUAUCAGAGAAUCUGGAGAGUACAUUAUCAAGUUGUACACGCCCGGAUGUCUUCAGGACAACACUUGCUCGAGACGCGGUCAGGUUAGGAUAUCAGGAACAUUGACGUCAAGUGGUGCCAAUCGAACAAUGGAUCCGAGAAUCUUGUAUCAGACUAACGAGUACGACAAAUAUGACCAACUUCAUAUAGGUUCUGUCGAUGCUAGCUCGAGUUCCUUUAAGCCUAGUGUUACAUUGUCACCUGUACCCGGCCAAUCGCAAUCUAUUCCUGGCGAUGAUUUCGUGAUGGUAGCCCAAAGGGUUGGAUUUGAGCUUCUGAAUUCUACUGGCGGCUUAAACGGAUUGUUUGAAUACGAUCCUAGCCGGGCUACAGUUGAGACCUCCGAUUUCGCCAAUUCUGCUUUUAUCAAGCUUAGUUCUUCAUUCGAACCCAGAUCCGCGGUAACAUCGUUGGUCGCCAACAAAGAUCGAACUUAUAUCGGCGGUAAUUUCACAUCUGACAACCAGGGUAACAUUGUUGCGAUCGAUAACAAUGGGAACACUUUGGCCCUUGACGGUGGCAUUAAUGGCGAAGUCUUGUCAAUGUACCUGGAUGGCAAUAGCCUAUUUGUUGGCGGCCGGUUCAACAAUACCCGUGAUGGUUCGACGCCGGGAUUGGCGAACGUUGCGAUUUACGACAGCUCAAGCAACCAGUGGACACCACUAGGAGCUGGUGUGGACGGAACUGUUACAAGUAUUGUGCCAACAACGAUGAACCUCAGCGAGAGCGCAGCGGAAGACGUCAUCACGUUAACUGGUGAAUUUACGCACCUCCUUGCAUUCGACAAUAACGACGUUGCUGAGGUGCAAGGCUUUGCAGUGUGGGUGAAAUCGCAGAAGAAUUGGUUGCAAAACUUGGAUACUCCAGUCCCGUUUUUAAACGGUGUUCUUACGACGGCGGUAGCAGUAUCAGAUAAUGAGACCAUAUAUGCCGGAUCGAUAUCCUCUCAGGCCCUUCGCGCAUAUGGCGCUACAACCGUAUCUAAUGGGUUUGGCAAUUUCCCUAUUAAAAUCCACCCGCCAGCCAGCCAGUCUAGUACCUCUGCAAAUGGACUCUCGAAGCGCGCAAACCUAGAGAACGGUACUGAUACUAUUGCUGGCGUCGUCACAGGAGCGUUUUACCAAAGUGAUGGGAAGAACGUCACAGUCCUUGGCGGACACUUUAUCGCGAAUGCGUCUAAUGGUUCAACUAUUUAUAACCUAGCUUUCAUCGAUGGUGCAGAUUCUAACUCCGUGACGGGGCUAGGCGCUGAAAUAUCUGAAAGCUCAGCAUUCUUAUCAUUGGCGGUCCAGGGCGACAACCUAUAUGCUGGCGGACGUGUCAAUGGCACUGCUCAGGGCUCCGUUGUUAACGGCCUCAUUUCGUACAACCUUGCGUCCAAGUCGUUUAAUUCGCAGCCCCCCGCUCUCGCAGGCAACAGUGUAGUUGUCUCAUCUGUUACUGUCCGUCCGGAUACUGGUGAUGUCUACGUUGGUGGCUCCUUCGAGAGGGCUGGUUCGCUUCCCUGUCCUAGCGUCUGUCUCUUUAGCACCGGAACCAGUCAGUGGAACCGGCCUGGCUUUGAACUUGGCGGCGAUGUGAACUGCAUGAUGUGGUCGAGCAAUUCAAUUCUGCUUGCGGGUGGUAACCUGACCCUCAAUGAUAGCGGGGCCUUUCUGGCCUCCUACGACGCCUCCAGUUCUCAUUGGAGCUCAUACUCAGACGCCUCGGAUCUGCCAGGUCCUGUAAAUGCAUUAACUGCUGCGAGUAGUGAUUCAAAGCAGAUCUGGGUUGCCGGUACGCAAUCUGAUGGUUCCACUUAUCUGAUGAAGCACGAUGGCUCAUCUUGGAAAUCUGCUGGCGUCACGUUCGACCGAGGAACCACAAUCAGCAGCUUACAGAUGUUUACUGUAAACCAAUCUCACGACUCAUCUGAUCUCGUCUCUUCCGAUCAAGUCCUCUUAAUGACCGGCUCUAUUGCGAUACCAGGAUUUGGCACAGCAUCGAGCGUAAUCUUCAAUGGUACGACGAUUCGGCCUUAUGCACUCACCUCAAGCAUCGACGGCACAGCCGGGUCGAUCUCCCGAAUCUUCGUAGAGAACAACAACUUCUUUACUUCCCCAACUAAUAGUGGUAUGCCCCUUGUAUUUGUGGCUCUUAUUGGAUUGGCGAUAUCCCUAGGCCUCAUGGUACUCAUUGUACUCGCUGGUCUGGCAUUAGACCGAUAUCGCAAGAAGCGCGAGGGUUACGUUCCAGCUCCUACAUCCAUGUUCGACCGUGGUAGCGACGCUGACUUUGACGCCGUUAGAAAGCUCCAAGCUGAGCGGAAUGCUGCUGCAGCUGCAAAGAAAGGGUCGCGCGGCCGAGACCCCAAGAACCAGCGAUCUGAGAGCUCAACUAAAGCAAAGCUUACCGAAUCUUUCGACACAGAACUUUACGACCGUGAUGGAGGUGAUAAAUAUGCAGGAUAUCUUACAUCUAUCCCCGUUGCCGAUGGCGAGGACGAAGAAAUGGAAGAUGUCGAUAACUCGCGUCGUUUAGUUGGCCAGUAUACCGCGACGCGUUCCCAGAUUGACGAAUUCGCCCACGGCAAUGGAGUCGAAGAGGAUGAUCCAUUUGCAGGAAGAGGUGAAAACAGCACGAGGAUUGUUGACCGCGAAACUGACUACCAGAAACGUCGCUUCGAUCGCGUUCUCACCCCGACAAGAGCCGAUGCCUUCAACCGCCAAGGAGGCGCCACCGAAGAAGGCGAUACAUAUCGCGAUAUUAUGGAACGGAGAGAAAUAGAAAGGGAAGAGGAAAGGGUUAAACGUGAAAUCCAAGCGAAGCGGGAAGGGAAAGAAACCGAUGGCGAUCACGAAGCAACACUCAAAAACGGAGAUAAAGAGAACACAGACGCCGGGUCUACUGAGGCAGCGACAGCUGGGCGAAAGCGCAAGAAGAGAUGGGAUGUUGCUUCUACUGCUGUGGAUGAACCUGCAUCAGACUCUGCCGAAGGGAAAACUAAGAGAUCCAGAUGGGACCAGGCGCCGUCGCUCCCUACCCCCGGUGCAUCUGAUGGUGCCAAGAAGAGAUCGAGAUGGGAUCAAGCACCCUCUGCGACUCCUGUCGGUAAUAGCGGUUUAGCCACACCGAUGCACACAUCUUCACUUGGAGUUGGCGCGGCGAAAGCAGACAUGUCUGGCCCUGGUGGCAUUCUUGGUGAUGAAGAGUUGAAUACAUUACUUCCUGGCGAAGAGCAAGGCUUCAAGAUUCUCGACCCACCAUCAGGAUAUCCUACCGGUCAUGCCCCUCUCCAUAGGGUCGCGGCGACACCACUACCAGCAAACUACGGUGGUUUCAUGAUGCAGGAUCCAGAGAGCACGAGACUGGGAGGAAGCCAGAUGCCCAAAGAAAUCCCUGGCGUUGGAGAGCUACAAUUUUUCAAGCAGGAAGAUAUGGCUUACUUCGGCAAACUAGCAGAUGGCUCUGAUGAGAAUAGCCUAAGCGUUGAAGAACUGAAAGAAAGAAAGAUUAUGAGGCUUCUCCUGAAGAUCAAGAAUGGUACUCCUCCUAUGCGAAAGACUGCUCUCAGACAACUCACAGAUAACGCAAGGCAGUUCGGUGCUGGGGCUCUGUUCAACCAGAUUCUCCCUCUCCUGAUGGAGAAGACGCUGGAAGACCAAGAACGCCAUUUGCUCGUCAAAGUAAUCGACCGUAUCCUAUGGAAGCUUGACGACCUUGUCCGUCCUUACGUUCACAAAAUCCUAGUCGUCAUCGAACCGCUCCUCAUUGACCAAGAUUAUUACGCAAGAGUGGAGGGUCGAGAGAUUAUCUCUAAUCUCAGUAAAGCCGCCGGUCUCGCUACUAUGAUCAGCACCAUGAGGCCGGAUAUCGACCAUGUCGACGAAUACGUACGUAACACGACAGCAAGAGCCUUCGCGGUUGUAGCCUCAGCGCUAGGUAUUCCAGCCCUUUUACCUUUCUUACGAGCAGUAUGUCGAAGCAAGAAGUCGUGGCAAGCCCGACAUACCGGUGUCAAGAUCGUGCAACAGAUUCCUAUCCUAAUGGGAUGUGCCGUUCUACCCCAUCUUAAAGGUCUUGUGGACUGCAUAGGCCCAAACCUGAAUGAUGAACAAACAAAGGUACGGACGGUCACUAGUUUGGCCAUUGCUGCUCUUGCUGAAGCCUCUAACCCUUAUGGUAUUGAAAGCUUCGAUGAUAUUUUAAAUCCUCUAUGGACUGGUGCACGCAAGCAACGCGGCAAGGGUCUCGCUGGCUUUCUCAAGGCUGUCGGCUAUAUCAUUCCCCUUAUGGACGAAGAAUAUGCCAAUUAUUAUACCUCACAAGUGAUGGAUAUCCUUCUCCGAGAAUUCUCGUCCCCAGACGAAGAGAUGAAGAAGGUUGUGUUAAAGGUUGUAUCUCAGUGUGCGGGAACCGAAGGUGUGACAGCUGGUUACCUUAAGGAACACGUUCUAGAUGAGUUCUUCAAGAGUUUCUGGGUUAGGCGGAUGGCCCUAGAUAAGCGAAAUUAUCGACAAGUGGUCGAAACAACCGUUGAUAUUGGCCAGAAGGUUGGCGUCAGCGAGAUUCUAGAGCGAAUUGUUGGCAAUCUUAAAGAUGAGAGCGAGGCCUACCGUAAGAUGACUGUCGAGACGGUGGAGAAGGUAGUUGCCAGCUUAGGAGCGGCGGACAUUGGUGAGAGGUUAGAGGAGCGACUUAUCGACGGCAUUCUUCAUUCCUUCCAGGAGCAAAGUGUCGAAGAUAUCAUUAUGCUAAACGGCUUCGGCACGGUAGUUAACGCGUUAGGCACGCGCUGUAAGCCGUAUUUGCCUCAAAUAGUGUCAACAAUCCUGUGGCGUCUCAACAACAAAUCCGCAACGAUCCGCCAGCAAGCCGCGGAUCUUAUCAGCAGGAUCGCAAUAGUCAUGAAGCAGUGCGGCGAGGAUGCCCUUAUGGGCAAGCUAGGCGUUGUCUUGUACGAAUACCUCGGAGAGGAGUACCCUGAAGUUCUUGGCUCAAUCCUCGCGGCCCUCCGAAGCAUUGUUACCGUUGUUGGUAUCAGCCAAAUGCAACCUCCAAUCAAGGAUCUAUUACCGCGUCUUACUCCUAUCUUACGAAAUCGUCACGAAAAGGUACAGGAGAAUACAAUCGAUCUCGUCGGCCGUAUUGCCGAUCGGGGACCAGAGAGUGUAAACGCAAGAGAAUGGAUGAGAAUUUGCUUCGAGCUGUUGGAUAUGUUAAAGGCACACAAAAAGGGCAUCAGAAGAGCAGCCAAUAACACGUUUGGUUUCAUCGCGAAAGCUAUCGGACCACAAGAUGUGUUGGCUACCCUACUGAACAAUCUGCGCGUCCAGGAGCGUCAAUCCCGAGUUUGCACGGCCGUCGCAAUCGGUAUUGUUGCUGAGACUUGUGCUCCUUUCACAGUGCUCCCUGCUCUGAUGAACGAGUAUCGGGUCCCUGAACUUAACGUACAAAAUGGUGUGCUCAAGUCUUUAUCAUUCCUCUUCGAGUACAUUGGAGAAAUGGCCAAAGAUUACGUCUACGCCGUGACGCCGCUCCUAGAAGAUGCCCUAAUCGACCGUGACCAGGUACAUCGGCAGACGGCUGCGUCCGUGGUCAAGCACAUUGCACUAGGUGUAGUUGGUCUAGGCUGCGAAGACGCUAUGGUGCAUUUACUUAACCUUCUCUGGCCUAACCUCUUCGAAACCAGCCCACACGUUAUAGACCGCAUUGUGGAAGCUAUCGAAGCUAUUCGAAUGGCCGUCGGACCCGGUCUCGUACUAAACUACGUAUGGGCGGGUCUAUUCCAUCCCGCCCGCAAGGUACGGCAGCCUUACUGGCGACUCUACAACGACGCGUACGUGCAAGCCGCCGACGCCAUGGUGCCUUAUUACCCGAACCUAAGCGAAGAUGGCAUCGACAGACCUGAAUUGGCAAUUGUACUAUAG